UGGUCUCGUGAAGGAAGGCGACAGCUGUCCGUCCGUCCGUCCGUCUGCGCGCGCGCUGCGUUCUGAUGGAACAGCAGGAGUUAGGUGGUUUGGAGCGGAAACGGCGCCGCAGGAAGUGCCUGGUCAUCUCUGGGGUGGUGCUGCUGCUGCUGGUGGCGGUGGUUCUGGUGCUGGCUCUGGUUCUGACCCUCGGCAGAAGUUCAGGGGGAAUAAAAAGCACGUUUCUGGAAAGAUGCCAAAAGUUCGAAGAUUUAAACUGCCAGAAUUUGUGGGAUGUAUUCCAGCAAGCCUAUAUCAACCGAGACCCCUGCAAUGUUCCUGGGGAUGCCUAUGACCCUUUCAUCAAGGCCUUGUCCUUCAAACCAAAAUGCAACAGGAUGAUGUUUUGGAGCAAAACGAAGGAUUUGGUCCACUCCUUUACCCAGAAACGAGACUGCUUUGUGACCGUGGAGGACGUACCGUUGGGGGCUAUCCUCAAUGACCUGACCUGGUGCGGGAAGCAGGGGAGCAAUGUUUGCAGAUGCUGCCUGUGGUGACGUCUCGGCGAUGCUGAGUGGAUCCAUUAUGACGCCGUUCUCUCCUGGGAGCGUUUUUGAGAGCAUCGAGGUGAAAAGGUUAAGAUCGCCCAACGUGAAACGGAUGAAUGUUGUUCUGGUCAUAGAGGAGAAUGCAGUGACAAACUGUACAAACGCAUCUCUGGAUAACCUGCAGAAAGCUCUUGCUGUUGGAAUCAGCUACGGCUGCAAAGAAGUGACCAAAGCCCAGAUCAACAAGUGCAGCUCAGACCUAGAGAUCGCCUGUGGAGCGUGCUGGUGAGGAUUUUGGAUCCGAAGAUAUAAAAAAACAAAACAACAACGCCUCCUCUUUAACUAGAGAAACAUUUUCAACCUAAAUGUUUAUGCUUGUGGGCAUUUUACUUUAAAAAGUGAUUUUUUUUUUUUUUU